AUGGCUCUUAACAAAGAGUCUGUAGAUUCUCAUUUUUCGUUUGUUCCAAAAGUGGUAAAUGGCGGCAUUGCUGGGGUCGUUGGUGUAACCUGCGUUUUUCCAAUCGAUCUGGUUAAAACGAGAAUGCAAAAUCAACAAAGUGGCAGGAAGUUAUAUAAAAAUGUUUUGGACUGUGCUGCAAAAACAUAUCGUGCUGAAGGAUUUUUUGGCAUGUACAGAGGAAGUGGUGUCAAUCUCCUUUUAAUUACGCCAGAGAAAGCGAUAAAAUUAGUCGGCAAUGAUUUUUUUCGCUAUCAUUUAAAACCUGAAGGCAAACCUUUAACUCCGAUUCGUGAAAUGUUUGCUGGAGCUGGUGCAGGAACUUGUCAAAUUAUCAUCACUACACCAAUGGAAUUAUUGAAAAUUCAAUUACAAGAUGCUGGUCGGACAUCAAUUCCUAUAACUAACACUAACAGCGGUGGUACAGUAGUAGCGACGCGACAGACUGCUACUCAAUUGGCUAUUAAAUUGGUUCGUGAUAAAGGAAUAUUUGGUUUAUAUCGUGGAAUGAGAGCUACAUUUUUACGUGAUGUUUCAUUUUCUAUGAUAUAUUUUCCAUUAUUUGCAAAUUUUAACGCUCUAGGUCCAAGAAGAUCUCCAAAUAGUGUAGAAGCUGUUUUCUAUUGGUCAUUUCUAUCAGGAUUUUUAUCUGGAACAAUAGCCGCAUUCAGUGUAACCCCGUUCGAUGUUGUUAAAACUCGACUACAAACAAUUAAACAUAUUGAAGGAGAGAAGGUAUUCAAAGGAAUAACAGAUUGUUUUAUGCAAACACUACGUGAUGAAGGUGUUCAUGGUCUGUUCAAAGGUGCUGGUUGUCGUGUUAUGGUUAUGGCACCAUUAUUUGGUAUAGCACAAACUGUGUAUUAUCUUGAGGAUAGGGGAACAAUAAGGAUUAAUACCAAAAGGUAUACUCUUUGCUCCGAUUGA